GACUCUUCUCCCAAAAACACUAAUCCAUUUCCCUAACCUAGUCAACCUCCAAACCCAAGGCUCUCCCCACCCCAGCCAAUUUCCUCUGGAAAUCAAGGGGCUCUAUCACUCAACCUCAUUUGCUGGACCAAAUCUGGAGGGAGAACCCCUGAGUUAGGUGGCCCAGGGGACUAUCCCCAGAUGGGGGGGAGCAGGGGAGAAAAUGGUAGCCAUUUUUACAUUGUUUUGUAUAGUAUUUAUUGAUUCAGGAAACAAACACAAAAUUCUGAAUAAAAUAACUUGGAAACUGCCUGUUUGGGCUUCUCAUUUCUUACCUCUACUUCUCUCCCACCUGAUACUGGGUAUAUCUCUGCUCCCCCCUGCCAGCUAACACUUGCCCUUUUGUGGGGUUCCUUGAUAUCCUGACCAGAAAAUGGUUGUGUAACGGGAAAGCGUGACCCUUAUAACAAAGGAUUGGGCAAUCCCCAUCAUAAGUUAGCCUCACAUGUUUCAGUCAGGAGGAACUGAACUGAUUGUUGGGGGGGGAGGUGAUGGAAAUUUGUUGAAUUCUAUUUGAAUUAAUUUUUCUCUGACAACACUGCAACCGCCACCUGGGGGGGCUGCCUUUUCUCAACUGUUUUCAUUGUAACUGCAAGUUGCCCUAAGCAAAUGGGUUUCCCAAGGAUCAAGUGCUUCAAAACUUUCAUUCUAUCCUCACGUGACAACUCGGACCCAGAGAACUCCCACUCGGUGAAGCCUGGGCCAAUCAUCUAACAAUGACAAUGGAAUGACUAAGAGAUUGGUGGCUGGAGCUGAGGUGUCUGAGUCAGGUUGGGGGUGGGUGGGAUUAUUUCAAUUAUAAGAAGUCAAGACUUUCAUUUCCUCUUCCAAAAAGAAUAGGAUUGAGCAGUUGAUAACUGACAACCCAGCUGAGCUGGGUGAAGCCCUUCUGCCAUGAGGUUAGCUGUGCUUUUCACCGGGGUUUUACUCGGGCUACUAGCAGGCCAGGGGACAGGGAAUGACUGUCCUCAUAAGAAAUCAGCCACUCUGCUGCCAUCCUUCACGGUGACACCCACAGCAACAGCAAGCACUCGGACAAUCAGCCACCGCACUACCAAGAGUCACAGAACCACCACUACACGCACCACCAGCCAGAAACCCACAACGCCCACUCACCAUACUACUACCACCAGCCAGAAACCCACAACACCCACUCACCAUACUACUACCACCAGCCAGAAACCCACAACACCCACUCACCAUACUAAUACCACCAGUCAUGGAAACAUCACAGUUCAUCCAACAACGGACAACAGUACUACUACCAGUCCAGGAUUCUCCCCGUACACAGGACCACCUCUUCCACCCUCUCCAAGUCCUAGCCCAGGCUCUUCGGCCAUAGGAAAAUACACAUGGUUUAAUGGUACCCAGCCAUGUGUCCGGCUCCAUGCGCAGAUUCAGAUUCGAAUUCUGUACACAACCAAGACUGAAGAAAAGGCCUGGGGUAUGUCUGUAUUGAAUCCCAACAAAACUGAGCCCCAGGGGGGUUGUAACAGCACCCACCCCCAAUUGCUUCUCUCAUUCCCCUAUGGCCAGCUCAGCUUUGGAUUCAAGCAGGACCCAGAGAAAAACACUGUCUACCUGAACUACAUGGCUGCGGAGUACAACGUGUCCUUCUCACAGGCAGCAGAGUCAACAUUCUCAGUUAAGAAUUCAUCCCUUCAAGAUCUUCAAGCUCCCUUGGGCCACAGCUUCCGUUGUGAAAACGCGAGCAUCGCUCUUUCACCAACUUUCCACCUCGAUCUGCUCUCCCUGAGACUACAAGCUGCUCAGGUGCCCCCAAGAGACUUUGGACCAAGUGUCUUUUGUACCAGCAACCAUUCCAUCCUGCUGCCUCUCAUCAUUGGCCUGAUCCUCCUUGGCCUCCUCACCCUGGUGCUGGUUACCUUCUGCAUCAUCCAGAGACGCCCACCCUCCUACCAGGCCCUCUGAGCAUAUGCCUCAAUACCCUGGGCACCACUCAUCUGAUUCAGAGACAAAGUUUAUCUUCUCUGUGUCUUGAAAAACAAAAGUUGUGAUAAUGUAAUUGAGAGGGAUGAGGGGGGAGUUUUAUUAAAUGCCACAGAUCCCCAUCUUUCCUCCCCCAUUGGGAGUAGUAAAACCUGCUCGACCUUUGUCCUCUGUUUCCCACGUCCUUCCUGUCUGGAAUAAAAGUAUCUUUUCCCAUGCCUUUCUGUGCCUUCCAUGGCUGCUUCUCAGGAAGCCAAAAAGCUGGUGAUGAGGAAAGAAAAUGUCAACUGUGACUGCAUGCCUACAUGGGUUCAUCUCCCGAAGCCUGGAACUCCCUUCCUAACCCUCACAGACAAUUACAGGUGAAGCAGGCAGCAGAAGCAAUGAGUGUGGGUGGGGAGAUCACCUGGGUGUCAUUUUAUUUCUACAGGUGUGCUAGUGGCUCCUUAGCACAGCUUAGUCCUGGUUAGCUGGCCUCACUGCACCUUGAGAUGCUUCACACCUUCAAGGGGUCUCAGCAGCCAUGGGAGGGAGCAGUGGGGUCCUCUGACCUCUACCAACAAUUACCCUCUGCUUGGAGACCAGGAGCAGCAUACCUGCAGCCUUUGCCCAGAUUCUAGAAAGGGCCUCCCCUCCCAGACAGAAAUGGUCUGCACAGAAUUGUCAGUGGCCCCUUCAAGGAAGCUGAAACCCAACCACCCAGAGCCUGCCUAGGGAGGGAUGUUCCAGUCACAGGCCUCCCGUAAGGCUACAGAAAGCACCAACCAGACCUGGAGAUCUGCCCACUGAGGCAGCCUGCACCUGGCAGGGUCCCAGACACCUCACCACCUUGCUGACAUCUCAUAUGACCUUGCAGACUGAAUCAAGAGUUGCCAAAAGGCUACUCAACAGUCUGGCACUCACAGGAUGCACCUGGGCCUUCUCCACUGGAAUGGCCAUGAGUUGGUGCUGCAAUAGGGUGGUCCCCAGGAAAGGGGGAGUUUCCCUGCCCCACCCAAGGGAGGGUGGAGCUGAGCAGGAAGAGGAGAAGCUGGAGAAGAGACUGAGGAAGGAAGGAAGCAGGAUGGAGCAAGGAGACCUGGAGGAGGCGCAUGGAGCCUAGAGACACGUGAAGAAACUGCGCUUGUCUUUUGGUCGUGGACUGGGUGACACAGAUGUGGGUGAGACCUGUGGGGAGGUGGCAAUGGCAGCUUUUAUCUUGAUGUUGAUUUUGUUCUUUUCCUUCCGGGCUUGUCCGGUUGUUUGUGACCCUUUUCUGUGGGUCCCCACGGAAGAUGCUUUAGACUUGUGGCAGGCUUUGGGGCCUUGCUCUGGGCCGACCCCAUAUGAAUGGAGUUUUACCCACAAGGGGAUGGGUAACUUUGGGUGCUUCAUUCAGAAAUUAGACUCUUUGCCUCACCUGUAUUGUUUCCUAGUUUUUAUUAAAAAUCCUUCCCAUUAAAGUGUCAUAUGUUUUGUGUUAAUGCGGCGGAUGGCAGAACCCAUGUAGAAUAGGCAGGUUUGCGGGGUUUGGGCUGCCCCUCUCCCUGUCCUAUAACAGUGCCACAAGGCUGAGUGGCAGAGGGCAUCAUUCCCGCCGGCCCACCUGGCCUUAAGUCCUUAAUCAGCACGUGUACAUGGUCACAGAACACGGAGGAGCAGGCCUCAGCCCACAGGUGGAAAAGAACACCUGCUUCUCGCUGUAAGCUCCCUACCAGUGAUUUACCGAGGCUGCCAGGUCUA